GCAUCAUUCGAACCUCGCGAUAUAAUUCCAUUUCCUCCCUUCGACGGGAGUAAAUUCUCUAAGCUAGUAGAUGAGGAAAUGGGAUUCAUCUAACGUUAUGAAGAGGUGUUGGGUUCGUGUUGAUGAGGAAGCAAUUGAAAGUGAAUGCUGCACUCAGUACUUUCCCGAUAUCCAUGUCGUACCCAUACCACGACGAUAAUCGAUAAUCCAUCGAUGAAAUGAAACCUGUAAAAAGCGUCACGAUUACCGACGAUCCCCAAGCACAUGAAGACCAACACGUUCACGCUGUGUAUGACCAGAUUGCCUCUCACUUUUCAUCCACUCGAUACAAGCCUUGGCCCAUCAUAGCCAAAUUUCUUUCUGACCUCCCAAGUGGUUGGAUUGGCCUGGACUCGGGAACAGGGAACGGGAAAUAUCUUCCUCUGCCUGCACAUCGCCCCGGCAGUAUACUAACAAUCGGCCUUGAUCGGAGUCGCAACUUGCUUCAGAUCGCCCAGCACGCCGGCAGCGAGCCUGGUGUUCUGGUCACUCGGGAGGUUGUUUGGGGUGAUGUCCUUGGGAGCUGUUGGAGAUCAGGUGUAUUCGAUUACGCCAUAUCUAUAGCUACGAUCCAUCACCUGGCAUCGCACGACCGUCGAAAGCUGGCUGUUCAGCAUCUUUUACAGGCUGUCUCUCCCAUUCAUGGACGUAUGAUGAUCUAUGUGUGGGCUAUUGAGCAGGAUGAGCUAUCCAAACGGUCGAUCCCAGCUAGUGGCACCAACGGAUCGGAUAAUCACCCUACAACUGGCGAAGAUGUAUUCGUGCCCUGGAUGAUGUCUCAGCACCAGCACACCGCGAAAGGGAAAUUCAAAGGCGACACCCCCUCUUCAGCUACAUCGAAGGAAGACGCAGCUGUUGCAAUGAUAGCGGCGGAGACUCCCGUAUACAACAGAUACUAUCAUAUGUUUGCGAAAUGCGAACUCAAACAGCUUACUAUUCAAGCGGCUGAAGAGCUUGGGCUUAUGGUUGGACCGCAGGAGAGCGCAAAUACUAAGGGAUGCAGAGGCGUUGAGAUUAUCCAAGAAGGAUGGGAACGGUCAAAUUAUUAUGUCGAGUUACGGCGCUGGGUAUCUUGAAUUUCGAUGCCAUUGAGAUACGAACGUCUCAUCAUCAAUAGAAUGCGCCCGAUGCGAAUAACUU